AUGCAAGGAGGCCAACACCGGCAUUGCGGUCAAGAGGAACUGCAGCAGGAUCAUGUGCUUGAUCUUUCUUCCUUUUUGGCCCCACUCAGCAUUGGCACAUUUACAAAUAGUGGAACCGAAGGUUAUUCUGUGAAAUGGCUCAUGAGGAGGGGAGGUCAGCUAAGCAUCCAUCAGAGUUCUCGUACAAAGGAGGGCUCGGAUUUUUGA